AUGACAUUUCGACAGGGUUUUAUAUUUUUUUUCUCUAAUUUCAGAUCUCUUCAACUCGCCGUUGCCUUAACAGCGCUCCUAUCUCAACACACAAAUGGUCAAAUCCUCUCCCUCGGCAAAUGCCCGGAAGUGGCCGUCCAGCCGGAUUUCAACGCCGAUUCCUAUCUCGGCCUCUGGUACGAACAGGAAAAGUAUCCAUUUAUCUUUGAAUUUGGGGGCCGGUGCGUGACAGCAGAAUACGGAAAAAACAGUGACGGCACAGUUUCGGUGUUCAACCGACAACAGAAUGUUUUCACGCUUGCUGAAAAUACAAUCCGAGGUUCGGCACGGAUAGUUGAACCGGCAAAGCUGGCCGUCAAAUUCUCAAUACCUUUUGAAGUUGAAUCCCCGUAUUGGGUACUCGGAACGGAUUACAAAAGUUUUGCCGUGGUAUAUUCCUGUAAUGAGAUUGGUGGUCUCUUCAACACGAAGGUUGUUUGGAUUCUGACGAGAGAUCGGACGCCACCGGUGGAUGUGAUGAAUCAGGCUUACACCGUUUUGGAUACUGCUAAACUCACAC